UUAGAGAGCGUUCGAUGGGUCCUUGAACGCAGCCCCUCUAGUGGCCGGAGGCGGUAGUGCAGCCGGGGCUCCGCGCUGGGACUGGUUCUUUCGCAGCCAUUUUCUGUCCAACCAAACCGCGGCCUGAGGACGGCAACCAACCAGGGCUUCAUUGCAGAUGGACGGGGACGGUUCCACUACCGACGCCUCCCAGCUGGGCAUCGCUGGGGAGUAUAUACCAUCCACACACUACGUGCUCCAGCAAGAUGGUGAUGACGAUGCUGACGAAGGUAUGAACGAUCAUGAGGAAGGGGGCUCAAAGGACAACUACAGGGAGCAGGACAUCUAUCUCCCCAUCGCUAAUGUGGCUCGCAUCAUGAAGAACGCUGUCCCACAAACCGGAAAGAUCGCCAAAGACGCUAAGGAGUGCGUGCAGGAGUGCGUGAGCGAGUUCAUCAGCUUCAUCACCAGCGAGGCGAGCGAGCGCUGCCACCAGGAGAAGCGCAAGACCAUCAACGGCGAGGACAUCCUGUUCGCCAUGUCCACGCUGGGCUUCGACAUGUACGUGGAGCCGCUCAAGCUCUACCUGCAGAAGUUCCGAGAGGCAAUGAAAGGGGAAAAAGGGAUGCCUGUGACGGACGGCCUUGGAGAGGAGCUCACAGACGACAGCUUCACUAACCCUCUUCCUGCAGGAAUUAUCACUGCCGAUGGCCAGCAGCAGAACGUGAUGGUGUACACCACCUCAUACCAACAGAUUCCUAACGUGCAGCAGAUCCAGUUCUCCUGACAAGUUUCUCCUCCAGCUGCAACAAGUGGCCCGUGCUCGCCAGUGAGAGGAAAGGUGUGCGGGGUGGGGGUGUUUGGG